AUGGCGGACAUAUUUCCAACUGGCUGCUAUGCUGCAUCAAAUGGUCUGAAGGAUCUAAGUAAAGAGCAGGUCGAGGAUAGUAUUGUUGUUCUGAUCGGUUGCGGACCAGUGGGUAUUUGUGCGCUCAUCGCCGCGCUAGAGUAUAAGCCCAAGGCAAUUCUCGCAGUGGACGGUAUCGAGGCUAGACUGUCGCUCGCCAAGAGUCUUGGUGCCGAACCAUGGAACUACCUCACACAGAAAGAUGAGCUGGAAAAGCGAGUCAAGGAAUUGAGUGACGGUCGUGGCGCCGAUGUGAUCAUUGAGGUUGUUGGACAUAGCUCGGCUCUGGAUAUGGGCUUCAAGCUUCUUCGGCCCUGGGGAAUUAUUUCCAGUGUUGGUGUUCACAAUGGAGAAAUUCCGUGGACUGGGAAUCAAGCUUACGGAAAGAACCUCACUAUCAAGAUGGGCAGAUGCCCGGUCAGGAGUAUCUUCGAGGAUUCUUUGAAGCUGCUUGCUAAGAAACAACAUCUCCUGGAUUUUAUGACCGCGACGGUAAUGCCACUGAGCAACGCUCUCGAAGGCUACGAGCUGUUUGACUCGAUGAAGGUUCAAAAGGUCAUAUUCGAUGCGGAGAAAUAA